AUGAGUAAAUUGUGGCUGAUUAUCUCUGCUUCCCUCGCCCUUCUUCUCUCCUUUGCCUCAGUUCCUCUUCUUAACAACAAUCUCACCGGUUUCUUCAAUGCGUUCUCAAUUGAUAAGUUAGGCGCUGACUUGAUAGUUUAUAAUGGGACAAUUUACACCAGUGAUGAUUCUUUGCUGUACGCUGAAUCCAUGGCCAUUCGCUAUGGCCGAAUCAUUCGAGUUGGAAAUUACUCUUCCAUCAAGGAUUUGGCAGGACCAGGGUGCAGGGAAUUGAAUUUAAAGGGGAAGAUAGUAGUUCCUGGAUUCAUCGAUUCCCAUGUGCAUCUGAUUUUCGGAGGAUUACAGAUGGCACGUGUUGAACUUCGUGAAGUCAAAACUAAGGAUCAGUUUGUGAACAAGGUGAAGGAAGCUGUUAAGAAUAUGAAACAAGGUUCUUGGUUGCUGGGUGGUGGAUGGAACAACGACUUCUGGGGAGGAGAACUACCUAUGGCAUCUUGGAUUGAUGAUAUUACACCCCAUAAUCCUGUCUGGCUUUCAAGGAUGGAUGGUCACAUGGGAUUGGCUAACACUUAUGCUCUAAAAGUUGCUGGAAUAUUUAACUACACAAAUGAGCCAGAGGGUGGGGUUAUUGUCAAAAGUAACGAUAAUGAACCUACAGGAUUAUUAAUUGACUCUGCAAUGAAGCUCAUCUUAUCCUGCAUACCAGAAGUCUCUGUAGAAGAAAGAAGGGAAGCUCUUCUGCGAGCUAGCAAUCUUGCUUUAAUGAGGGGUGUAACCACAGUAGUUGAUAUGGGGAGAUACUUUCCUGGUUUAGCAGCUGAAACCUCGUGGGAAGAUUACUCAGAUGUGUAUACAUGGGCUGAUUCAUUUGGAAAGAUGUUGAUUAGGGUUUGCUUAUUCUUUCCAAUGGAAACGUGGGCACGCUUACAUGAACAUUUGAAUGAGGCAGGCCCUAAUAUAAGUGAAAAGAUUUACUUUGGGGGUUUGAAGGCUUUUGCUGAUGGAUCAUUGGGAUCAAAUAGUGCACUUUUCCACGAGCCUUAUGUUGGUGAACCUGAUAAUUUUGGUCUAGAAGUUGCAGAUAUGAAGGGUCUGCAUAGCAUGAUUGUUUCGGCAGAUAAAGCUGGGCUUCAGGUAACUGUUCAUGCAAUAGGUGACAAGGCAAAUUCCUUACUUCUGGACAUGUAUGCAUCAGUGGUUUCUCGGAAUGGAAUCAGGGACAGAAGGUUUAGGAUUGAACAUGCUCAGCAUUUGGCACCUGGGACAGCAUCUCGAUUUGGUGAACAAGCCGUUGUUGCUUCAGUUCAGCCUGAUCACAUGUUGGAUGAUGCUGAUUCUGCAAUUAAAAAAAUUGGUUUUGAGAGAGCAGAAAAAGGCUCUUAUCUAUUCCAAUCACUUCUGGCUGGUGGUGCAACUCUUGCUUUUGGCUCUGAUUGGCCGGUUGCAGAUAUCAACCCUUUGAGAAGCAUGCGGACAGCAAUCAAACGAACCCCUCCUGGGUGGGAACACCCUUGGGCUCCAUCAGAGUGUAUGAAUCUGGAUGACGCAUUAAAAGCGCACACUAUAUGGGCAGCUUAUUCAUGCUUUCUAGACAAGGAUAUUGGAUCCUUAUCUCCUGGAAAGUUGGCAGAUUUCGUCGUAGUCACUGCUGAUUCAUGGGAAGAUUUCACCACAGAAGGAUCUGUUUCUGUUGAAGCUACAUAUGUUGGUGGGAAUAGAGCAUUUCCAUGA